AUGUAUGGAGACCACACAAAGUCCCCAAUAACCCUAAACCUUCCCGUUGGGAGAAUCAGUUCCAAGAUCGCAAUUUACACCACUCUGGUGAACCCUGUGACCAAAUAUGCAAUAGUCAUCACUCCAAUUGCAAAUGCCAUCGAAGAGAGAUACAUCUUUUCCACCAACUACAGUCAACUUCUUAGCAUCCUGAUGAGAACCCUAAUCUUGGUCAGCACCGUCGUCGUUGCACUAACUGUUCCGUUCUUUGGCUACAUCAUGGCAUUCAUGGGCUCGACGUUAAGCGUGAUGGGGACGAUGUUGCUGCCUUGCUUGUGCUACAUUAGGAUUAAGGAGUUGGGCAGGAGAUUAGGGUUGGAGUUUAUGGUGAUUGUGGGGAUCUUGAUCUUUGGUGUUGUUGUUGGCGUUGUGGGGACUUAUACUUCGGUGAGACAAAUUGCUGAACAUUUGUGA